AUGUAUAAUAUAUUACCUUUAGUUAUAUUAUGUGUCAGCAGUGUUAACGGCGUGCUGUUAAAUAACUCUGAAAUCCACAUUUUCAAAGGUAAAAUACAUCCUAUUACAUAUGAGGAAUUUGAAAACCAAUAUGAAGGAAAAGCCAAAUUAAACCAUAAGUUAAGAAAUGAUUCACUGGAGUCUGCGUUGCUAUGGGAUAAUGGAAUUGUACCAUAUGAAAUAACAGCCGAUUUUACAAAGAAGGAGCAUACAAUCUUACAACAAGUCAUGGAUCUCUACAGACAAUACACCUGCAUUAAUUUCCUACCUAGAACAACUGAGGUCAUUUAUGUGAAAAUUGACAAUAUUUAUUCUUCUUGUUACUCUAAUGUUGGCAAAGAUCCUGAUGGGGGUAUUAACCUUCUAAACUUUGGUAGCCACUGUUUUCAUAAAAUUGGAUAUAUUAUACACGAACUAAUGCAUACUGUUGGAUUUAAUCAUGAACAUAAUAGGUACGAUAGAGAUGAUUAUGUCACCAUUAACUGGUCUAUGAUAAAAUCAAGUCGAAUUAGUUAUUUUAAAACUACUGACAGCGUAACGUACGACCUUCCCUACGACUACGAUUCAGUUAUGCAUUACGAUCCAUAUGCCUUUAGUAUAUUUGGAAGAAAAAGCGGUGAAGCCGGAAUGACUAUUAUUCCAAAGGAUAUGAAGAACCUGUACCGACUGGGACAAAGUCGUGUAAAGUAUGCGGCCGCUUCAGGAUUAGACGAUUCGGGUAAUAACGCUUUAUGCAUGUAUGCAAUCGAUUCUGGAGUUAUCCUGCAUAUACCCGACGAUGUAAUCUGA